GGCUGCUGCACGCGCUGCCCGCCGACGCCUGCCGGCCCCGCGGACACGCCAAGAGGAAGAGCUGGAACUUCAUCCACGAGAAGAUGAGCUACGACACCUUCUUCACCAUGAAGCGGCUCAUCGAGCGCUCGCGCAGCGUGGGCGAGGUGCUGCGCUGGGUCACGCAGAACCCCGGCAAGGUGUCCGCCAGCCACUACCCCAUCGCGCUGCACAAGCUGGGCCAGCUGCUGCAGCAGCAGCAGGGCCAGCCCGCGCUCAACGGCGAGAGCCGCGGCGCGGGCCACGUGCUGGAGCAGCCCGAGUUCCAGGCGCUCUGUCAGGCCAUCAUCGGCGGCUGCGCCAAGUUCGACAACUUCAGCAUCGUCAACUGCCUGUACGCGGCGGCGGCCCUGGGGCUGCCCGGCGAGUCCCCGCUGGUGCGGGUGCUGGAGGACGAGUCGCGCAGCCGCCUGGGCCGCUUCAACCAGAAGGACGUGUCCAUGGUGUUCAGCAGCGUCAUGCGGCUGCACCCGUCCAGCCCGCACCCCCUGGUCGAGUCCUGCCUCAGCAGCCUGGAGCGGCACCUGGACAAGGAGCGCCACCCCCAGACCCUCUUCCUGCUGCUCUCCUACUACCGGCUGCGCGCGCAGGCGCUGCAGGGACACCCGGCCUCCGACCAGCAGCUCAUCAACAACCGCAAGAUCCUGCGCCUCGUCAGGCACACGCUGGGGCAGGUGAGCGCCAUGCGGGAGCACGAGCUGGCCCUGCUGGAUGAGAUGCUGGCCCUGUGUGCCCAGGAGGCCAACAACAAGGCCCUGGAGGCCAUCUUCAGCUCUCAGCUCUUCUACGAGAACCGUCAGGAGCGCUUCAUCCGCAGCAUGGCAGAGUGGCUGCCCAGGAAGGCAGAGAACCUCACGCCCUACACCAUGGCCCUCAUCGCCAAGUACGUGGCGCGGCACCGGCUGCGGGAGCCGCGGCUGCUCGACACCAUCGCCAGCUUCCUGCUCAAGCGCGGCGAGCAGCUCGACAGCAAGGUCAUCCAGAAGCUGGUGUUUCCCUUCAGCCGCAUGAACUACCGCCCGUCCAACCACAGCGAGCUCUUCCCCAAGCUGGAGGCCAUCCUGGAGCAGAAGGCAGCCAGCUCGCCCCUGGCCACCGUCAACAUCCUCAUGUCCAUGUUUCAGCUCAGCCACUUCCCGCAGAGCGUCCUGCACCAGGUCUUCUCCCCGGCCUUCAUCACCAACGUCAUGAGCAGCCCCUACGCGCUCAUCGUGCGCCGCUACCUCUCGCUGCUGGACGCCGCCGUGGAGCUGGAGUUCCGCGACUACAGCGGCCCCCGCCUCGACCCGCGCUACCGCGUGCUCAUGUUCGAGCACGCGCUCACGGCCGACGAGGCCAACAGGAAGUACAGCUACAAGGGGCUGGUGGCGGAGGCGCUGCGGCAGCUCGUGGGAGAGGAGUGCUACCGGCAGGACGAGGUGCUGCCGCCGGGCUACUGCACAGACUUCCUGCUGUGGAUCAACCGCGCGGGCUCCGUGCUGCCGCUCUCCCGCGUGCCCGCGGCGGCCAAGGCUCCCGCCGCCGCUCCCGCUGCCGUUUCCCUGCGCUCCAGCGUGCUGGCCCUCACCUCGGACUUGCAGGACUUUGCCCCGUUUGCGGCAGAGCCGCCCAGCAGCCCCCCGGGCUCCCGGGAGAACAGUCUGGGUGGGCGCUUCCUGCACACGCUCUGCCCCGCGCCGGGGGGCCCCUGCUACCAGCCCCCCUCGGACUAUUACUGCGCUCUGAGCAAGGAGUCUUCCCUGGAGAGCCAGGGCAGCUCGACGCUGAGCAGCCCGUCCGAGUGCCUCUCGGCGCAGCCCGCGGCCACCCCCGACUGCUCCCCGCGGGGGCAGGGAGCCGAGGAGAUUCGGAGGGUGGUGCUCUCCGUCAACGACAAGUGGCAUUACUGCCAGAACUCGGACAUCCUGGUGGGCUCGCGAGCCAUGCGCGACCGGCACCUGCGCCUGCUGGGCUACUCGCUGGUGCAGCUGCCCUACACGGAGCUGGAGAAGGUGAGCGGCAUCGAGGAGGCCAAGCACUAUCUGCGGCAGAAGCUGCGGGAGCUGCGGCUCUGAGGGGG